AUGCUCAGCAGUCCGUUACCGAGCUUCGCCCGGGAGUUGGGCUAUUACAACGAGGUGGGCGGAGAGCGCGCCAGCGCUGCUAUCGUCAUAUUGUCGAGGAAUAAGGAGCUAGACGACGUGAUACAUACGCUGAGGACGUUCGAGCCGGUUUUCAAUGCCAAGUACAGAUACCCGUACGUUUUCCUGAACGACAAAAAGUGGGAUCCCAGUUUCAAACGGAAAGUGGCCGCAUUUCUCUCGGCCGUCCGAGGUGAAAACAUCUCGGAAUCGGACGAUCGCUACCUUCGUUUUGGGCUGAUUGAGAAAGAACAUUGGUCAUGGCCCACGAGCGUCAAUGAGAAACGAGCUCGCGCUCAUAUGGCGCUGGACGCGAAAAACGGCGUGCCGUAUGCGGACAUGGACAGUUAUCACCAUAUGUGCCGUUACCAGAGCGGGUUUUUCUUUAAGCAUGAGCUGUUGAAGGAUUUCAAGUACUACUGGAGGGUUGAGCCAGACGUGGACUAUUACUGCCCACUCUCCUACGACCCCCUCCUCUACAUGCAAAAAACCAACAAGAAAUAUGGCUUCAACAUCGUCGCGCCCGAGUUCAUGGCUACCGUCCCAUCCCUCGGCAAAACGGUCAAAGCCUACAUGGCCGACCAAAACAUCACCUCGAUACCCGACACGCUCUCCCUGAUGUGGGAUAUGACAGCCGACGAUUACAACGGCCUGCAUUUCUGGUCAAACUUUGAAAUCGCGUCGCUGGACUGGUUCAGAUCGGAUGAGUACACUAAGCUGUUCAAUUACCUCGACGCGACGGGUAACUUCUACUACGAGCGGUGGGGCGACGCGCCCGUGCAUUCCGUCGCCGCUGGGGUGCUGUUGAAGCCAGACGAGCUGCAUUAUUUCGAGGAUAUCGGGUAUCGGCAUGGCGACCGCGUCCAUUGCCCCGCUGUGAGGGAACGGGAGGGCGUGUAUGGCCCGUGCGCUUGCAAUUUGGAACGGUUAAAGAAGACGUGGGUCAAGUGGGGGAUCUGGGCCUACUCGGAUUCGUGGAUGGAGAUGCUCAAAAAGUGGAACGCGUGGGCUGUGGUGCACCAGUCUGGGGAAAGCACGUUGGGCCCGGAUAAUGGACCUACGGACCAGGCAGGGCCGUAG